AUGGGAAAUCAUCAGUGCACGCCCCCGCAACCUAUUAUUGUAGCUCCUCCACAGAUCAGAAUCACAAAACAACGCGACAAAGAUCUCAAUGCAGUGCGUUCAGUUUCAAAUCCGUCAUUAGUAUCACAAUUAGAAGAUGAAGAAGAACAAAUUGAGACGAGUAUUAGCCAGCAGUUUGAUGAAGCUUACAUGGACAUGAUAUACAAAAAGUAUCAGACACUCACUGGUACCACAGAGUCUUUUAUGCCUCCAGAUGCUGUCAAACCGAUCAUGAAUGUGUUUGAUACUGUUUGUAUGGAUGAAAAUAUUAUGUAUUUGGCUAUGAAAGUAUCAGAAACUAUUAUAGCGUUCGACGAUAGUUGGGGCUCAAUGUAUAGCGCAUGCGCAGAACGCAAUCCACUAAAAUAUGCCGAAACAAAAGGUUUUGCAACGGAUAAUCGAUUGAUUGUACAUGCAAUGAUGAUUUUUCGCACGUUAAAAGUGAUUACUGCCUCGUUAGAAGAGGCAAACAUAACACAAGUGAUGAAUAUUUUGGAUCUCGUCGCAUUGAGUCAUCUGGUUAUGAAGGUUCAAGCUACAAGUUAUAAAUCGUUCUUGAUUGCAAUGGUAAAAAACCUGUUGCACUUCAAGAUUGUCAGUGACGACGUGCUUCCUGCUUUUGUCAGUUUCAACUUGAAUAUUUUAACGAGCUUGGAUAAACUUGUUCAACUUUGGCAGCAAAAACACAUCGUGUUGUUGAAUCAAAUGUUUGAUGGGCCAACUUCCCCAGCCAGAGAGUAUUACCGCGAAUUGAAAAAAUGGCGCAUCUAUGUUCUCUCUUGUUAUAAAUACCUGGCUAAACCAUUGUUAUCUCUCGAAAAACAAAUUCAAUCCGCGCAUAAAUUACAAAAUGCACCCGGUGUUGAAAGUGGAAGUUACGAAAACUGGAAAUUAAUCCGUUGUCUCAAGAAAGGCUACAAAUAUCGAUUGAUGUCGGAGAAUCAAACCGUAUUGUAGUGUAUCAGUAUGAAAUUAUUAAACAUCUUGUAUAGUG